AUGGUCGAGUAUGAAGCUUACAUACUAGGAUUGGAAGAAGCUAUUGAUUUGAAAAUCAAGAUACUAGAAGUAUUCGGGGAUUCCGCUAUAGUGAUACAUCAGAUUAAAGUCGAUUGGGAAACAAGACAUGCUAACCUAAUUCCAUACCGGGAUUAUGUGCUGAAGCUACUCCCAAAAUUCGACGAAGUCACCUUCUCUCAUAUUCCUCGAGAAGAGAAUCAGAUGGCAGAUGCCUUAGCAACUUUUGCUUCCAUGUACAAAUUAACAUGGCCCAAUCAUCAGCCUCACAUUGAAAUUAGACGUUUUGACGAACUUGCACAUUGCCUGACGACAGCAGAAGAGCCAGAUGGUAAACCCUGGUUCUUUGAUAUCAAACAGUAUCUGGAGAAGCGGGAAUAUCCGGCAGAGGCUUCCAGCCUUGACAAAAGGACCCUCCGGAGGUUAGCAUCGAAUUUCCUCUUGAAUGGGGAGGUAUUGUACAAGUAG